UCAGCCACAAAAGCGCAUUCGACUGAUUCAUUGCGUUGUGCGAUUUCUACUACAGCUGACGAAAUAGUUGUUCUUGUGCCUGCAGCUUGUGUUUUCUGAGCUUCUUUCGCGUGACUAUCGGCAAAACCCCGUACAAAAACAUAAAGCAAGAUGCGAUUCUGGAGUGUUGUGAUGCUGUUGGUGGCCGCAGUACUGCUUCUUGGUGGUGAGGGCGUCUACGCAAGACGUUCCGCUGAUGGAGUAUGCGCCUGUCCGCGCAUAUACGAUCCGGUGUGUGGCACUGACCUUAGCACGUACGCCAACCGUUGCCUGCUGGACUGUAAGGCCGAAGAAUUGGCUGGCCGGUCGAUUAAUUUGAGAAUUUUGCGCCACGGUGCCUGUGACGAACCGAUCGAAGAGCCCAUGGAGGAACAACCGGAGGAGUGAUUUGGUCCAAGAAAGUGGUCUAUCUGGACAACUCAACAUCUGAGUGUUAUCAUUAUGGGAUAAAAUCAAACUUUUAUCAAUCAAUAAAGGUCUUAUAGUAAAUCAUUCA